AUGGUAGUUACUCAGAAUGGUGAAAAGGCACUUAUUGGUAUUCCCCAGGGAAAACGGAUAGUUGGCACCAAUCCUGUCGAAGCAACUAUGGCAAGAAUCCCCAUACAUAUCUUCAUGUUAACAGUGGCAUUUACUUUGAGAAUUACGCCAAGCCUUGCAUCGACUGAGAAUUAUGACGAAUUUAUAACUGAGCCUCCAUCUGUGGAAACUGCUCAAAAUCUGAUAAAGCAGAAGAUAAUGGAUGCACAGUUUAAGUGUUAUGAAAAAAUGGUCAGGGAUUCUUCAUAUAAUAAACCAGGCCUGUAUUGUAAUAGAACCUGGGACGGAUGGUUAUGUUGGGAUGAUACACCAGCAGGAACGUUAAGCAUGCAGAAUUGUCCAAGCUACUUCAAUGAUUUUGACGAAACUGAAAAAGCUACAAAAUACUGUGAUGAAACUGGGAACUGGUUUAAACAUCCUGAAACCAAUCGAACUUGGUCCAACUAUACGUUUUGUAAUAAAUUUUCAGAUUAUAAACGAAAGAUGGCACAUAUCCUUUACUACAUGGCUGUUGUGGGUCACACUCUGUCAAUUAUAUCGUUAUUGAUUUCCUUGGUCAUCUUCUUCUAUUUCAAGAGUCUCAGCUGCCAACGGAUAACACUGCAUAAAAAUUUGUUUUUCUCCUACAUGUUUAACUCAAUCUUUACCCUUAUCCAACUAAUGGCGGUGGCCAAAAACAAGAAAGUAGUCUCCCAAAACCCUGUGGGAUGUAAAGUGCUGAACUUCCUCCUCCUGUACAUGCUGGGCUGCAAUUACUUUUGGAUGCUUUGUGAAGGGAUUUACCUGCACACACUCAUUGUGGUGGCAGUAUUUGCUGAAGAACAACAUCUGCACUGGUAUUAUCUCCUGGGCUGGGGAUUUCCAUUAAUACCAGCUGCUAUUCAUUCAGUGGCCAGAGCAAAAUACUUUAAUGACAAUUGCUGGAUAAGUGUUGAAACUCACCUACUUUAUAUAGUGCAUGCCCCGGUUGUUGCAGCUUUGUUGGUGAACUUAUUCUUCUUGCUCAACAUAGUCCGUGUCUUGGUUACAAAGUUGAGAGACACUCACCGCACUGAAUCCAACAUGUACAUGAAGGCUGUCAGGGCAACUUUAAUACUUGUGCCGCUGUUGGGUAUUCAGUUUGUUAUUAUUCCUUGGAGACCAGAAAGCCGAUUGGCUGGAGAAAUCUAUGACUAUACUAUGCAUAUAUUUAUGCAUUACCAGGGUUUGCUGGUGGCCACUAUAUUUUGCUUCUUUAAUGGAGAGAUGCAAGCAGCUCUGAAGAGGCAGUGGAUGCAGUAUAAAAUGCAGCUGGGUCAGCAACGGCGGGAGCACUGCUCCAUGCGUUCAACCUCGUACACAGCAACAUCCAUCACUGAGGUUCCCGUUUACCCCUAUCAUCAAGAUAGCAAUGGUGAACAUUUAAAUGGCAAGUUCGUGGAGGAUUCUGAAAUUACUGCCCUGAAAUCGAAAGAGACGUAUGCUUGA